UUCAGCCUUACUCCCAAGUCCCAAGAUGGCAAUGAUAUUCGGCGUCCAACUCCUCUCCACUCUUAUUAUCGGCUUGUUUAUGACGAAGAUAUUCAGCAGUUACAGCUACGGUCUCCUGAUCUUCUACAAUGUGUGGUUUUGCGUGCCCCCAAGUACGGGACAUCUUGGAGAGUUUUCCCAAGCCUACAAGGACCACAUGAAGAAAAAACCACGGAAUGGGGACAAGAAGACCCAGCUUGAGGACUUUACAAUUCCAAAGGACAGCGACUUUAAAGCCAGAUACAAUCGAAUCAUAUCAUACACUCAAAUCAAGCUGCUACCACACGGCGAAGAGAUAGAUAUGAUAGUGCUAAUGUCUCUGUCAAGUAUCCUGAUCUACGCAGUCACAGAAGCGGCCAUUUACCUGGAGUACACACCAGUAACUGAUCUUCAUCUCUCUUAUAUCUGGUCACUUAUCGUGCUCCUGUUCUGUACUAAGUUCCUCUGUUACAUGUUCAAAGUGUACGUUCAGCUGGGAGGAGGAGAAAGAUCACUUUGUGCUAUUUCUACCUUUCUCUUUAUUGUAUUCGCUUUGAUGGUCUCUAUGGCUAGCAAGAAGUCCAUUGAUUUUGGGAUCGAUGAAGGCUACAAUGAAUUUGUUGAGGAGUUUUCCAAGUUCGGCAAUGCCACCAAAGUGAAAGGCCAGGAUAUGUCGAUGCCGUCAGUUAAAGCAUUCAAAGGUUUUCUGAUUGUCUUAUCAGGGUUUAUUGGGGCUCUUCUCACCUUCCCUAGUUUUAGAUUUGGAGCACUUAACAGCCAACUGCUGCGAAAAGCUAACGAAGUAAAGGAGGAAGAUGAGGAGAAGCCAAGUUAUGCUGAUAGUUUCAAGGACAAAAUGUCCCAAGUUUUGGUACAUUUCAACCUGAUAGCACCUCUUCUUGUGACUUUGUGUUGGUGUAAGCCUCUGGUCCAGGAACACAUUGAAAAACAGGUACAAAUCUCUGAGAAAUCGUUCAACAUCCUCCGAAUUUGCUUCAUUGCACUGAUGAUGCUGGUUCGUUUGUUUUCAAUCAAACUCUACACUCAAACUCACCUGGACUCUGCAAAGAGAUACCUCUACACCCUAAAGCGGGAAGCAGGGAGGAUAGAUCACAAAGUAAUCCAGCAGAAGAUAGCAUACACCUUCCAAUACAGCAGUGUUGUAGUUCUCCAGAUCAUCACUCCCGCCCUUAUCGUCCUACAACUGUGUCUCAUCCUGUUAUCUCUACAAAACAUGCCUGAUACCAUGCCUCCUCUCACUGCUACCAGCUCCAUUCUAGACGGAGUUACGGAUAUCAUCCCUGAUGUUGUCUCUAAAGCUGAUGUUAGCGUGUUUCAAGGGAUGCGCUCUGUGCUAACAAAACAGUUCCUAACGAGUGUGGGCAGUUAUGUUAUGUGGUGGGUUGUCAGUGUUAACGCUGCAGUGUCGCUCUUUAGCACGUGUUAUCAUCACGUGUCAGAACAGGUUUAACACGUGACAAAUGUGGCACGUGACAAAUGUGGCACGUGUAAUAUGUGACACGUGCUGCCAAAGCAAGUCUGAUCAAUUUGAUGGAUCCUUUAUAUUGAUUAGGGAUUUCAAAUAUAUGUUAUAUAAUAUUAUAAAUAUUAUUACUAUUAUUAAUAACAUUUACUGCAUUAAUUACUCAUUAUCAUAUUUUAAACUAUCGUUUAAAUUUCAUAACUUGUAAAUGACUCCACUUUGCAGUAUUUUCGUUGAAUGGGUCGUUUAUUAUUUAAGACAAAGUAAUUAUUUAUGCUGUUGCUUUUUUAUGGCUAUUUAUCAUAUUCUAGAGCUGCUAUUUUUUGUUCAUGAUCUUUUAAUCUGAAAAUAAUCUCUAGAAUUCGGCAUUUGCAAGGUUCAUAAAUAAAUUUCUUUUACUGGUACCCCAAAAACUACAAGUGAUAUAAUAUAUCAGUCUUAGAUCAUGUUAUGGAUCACGUUAAUAAUUGAUAAUGAUAGUUAUGAUCAAUUAGUUA